UUCCUGUAAUUACAGCAUUCUACAUUCCAGGGUGUUUGUGUUUAUUCCAAGUAUUUUUCGUUUGUAUAUUUGAAGUUGAUGGCGUCCUUAACCCUGGACCGUGAAGGCAGUUUUUCGCGGGAAUCUACCCUGUUGUUAUUAAGAGGCUGUGAUAGUGCUGACGACAUAGCACCAGCUAAAUUGACCAACGCUGCAGGACAUGAUUCACUUUUCGACUCUCUGUUCCAGCGAAUGGAUUCGCUUUGUGCACGUUUGGACCGUAUUGAUUCUCAGCAGCAGGAAAUGAAACUCCUGCUUGCUGUACCUGCACCUGUAGCUUCGUCUAUUAAAAACAUUGAAACUUCAAUUUUGGUUCGUGAUCCUGUAUUGGUUUUGGACCCUGGUUCUGGGAAUGUAUUAAGUGAGAACAACUCGAGUGGGUCAUGCAAUCGUGAUUACCCUGUAACUGUACUGAAUGAGGGACUGAAUGCGUCCGCUAACAACUUGCCUGGUUUAGGGGAAAACGGAAGGAGUUUUUCCACUGUGUUAGCGCCUACAACCCAUGUGGGAACGACAGACGUGGGGAAUAUAGGAGCUGCUGCGAAUGUAGCAACGAGUGAGAGACUUGGUGUAAAUUCAACGAAUGUGACUAAUAAUGGGCUUGCUGACAUAAAACGUUGGUUAGCGGAAGAUUUUUCUUUUACACGCCAGUCAGCCAGGAAAAUGAGAGCAGUGAUGUGCCACUGCAGAGGCUUCAGUAAUCAAGAGCGGCAGCCCAGAAUUACCCAGGUAUCAUGGUGCUAAUUGUGCCAUGCUGUUAACAAAGCAGGAAAAUUGAUACUGUCAAUACUCUGCACUGAUCAACAAACUUCCUAACCUUCACUGCAUGAAGCACUGUGAUUUCUCCUUCUGUACAUUUACUGAGUCUAUUCUGUGUAAUACUGGGUAAACAGCUUACAUGCCAUGGGAAACAGUGAAGUAGCACAGAAAUUCAUGAUUAACUUCA